AGUUGAGAUUUUCACAAGGCAGAAAAUAGCUGUACAUUUAAUUAUCAACAUAAAAAUUGUGAAAAUCAAUAACAAAACAAAAAUAUAAAGUAAAGUAUCAAUAAUGGCAAUAAAUGACUCACUGAAGAGUUUGAUUUAGCGAAAAAUGAAAGUAUAUUAUUGGAAAUUAUUUAAUGUGAUAUUUGUUUUCAAAAUUCGAUAAAAGCAACGGUUGGCUGUGCUAUUUGUACUCGAUUCCGGAAUCGGGCGCACCACCCACCCAAAUGUUGUAAUUUACCUACAAUUUUCGUAUAGACUAACACCUCAAUUGUAAUAGUGAUUGCGAUUCGUCAUCAUCGAUCAGAUCAGAAAAGAGGGCGAUUGAAUCUGAAUAAUAUUAAUUGCUUCUGUGUAUUUUCAGCUCAAGAAUACGAACAAAAAGAUAAACUUGUGUUGCAUUCUUAGACUAUUACAUAUAAUCGAGCAAUCAUUUAUGUUAGAAAGAUGUAAAUAAAAUAAUAUUCGACCAACCCAUGGAAAAACAGCUAAGUAUUGCAUUGUAGUUUACAAUUUCCUUGUUUUACCUACUGGAUUCCUUGGGUAUUGUUCAAAACGAAACGUGGCCGUCCCUUAUACUACGCACCUACAUAUCUACCUGGAGUAGUUUUCUUGCAUACAUACACAUGUAUGACCUUUCACACACCGCUUAAAUUUAGCCAUCUGAAAGUACAGAAACGAGUACAAACGGACGACAUCUCUCGUACUCGAAUAUACAGAAAAUCGAGAACAUUUUAAAAAACUUUAAAGGAGUAAACAUUUACGUUAAAUAUAUUCACCGGUAGACAUAUCGCCGAUAUUGAGACAUGGAUGAUAACCUUAGUACGAAAUCUUCUGAAUCCUCACUAACCACUAGUGGAGAGUAUGAAAUUGUUUCUGAUAGCAAUAUUACAACACCAAUAGACCAGCAGCAUUUGUCGGAGAAUGGUACACUUUUAAUAAUACCGACAAACAAUAAAUCACCAACACUGAAUUUAGCUAAUAAUCGUAAUAUUGCUGAUUUACAAAAUGCUAUGACGGACGCUCUGCGUGAAAUAGAUUUAAAUUCAGACACUUCUUCAACUGCACCCAAAGCGGUAGCGUUGAGUAAACAAAAAUCUCUGACAUUACCAUUGGCUGGUACUUCAAGCCCGGCACUGCUGGUUCCAGACAACGACUGCGAACAGCAACAGUUAGUUCUACCGAAGACCGCAAUGAAGUCACAAUCAUUAAACCGCCACCACACAGACUAUGCUAUGACACCAAAAAGCGAUGACGCGUCAACUUCCGAACAAAAUCGAGUUGGCCAAUCGGUAUUUUAUGACUGCAUUGAUGCAAGUCCAGGUGGGGUUGGUGGUGGUGUCGAAGAGAAACAAGACAUCAUGAAGCCGGAGAAAAAUGAUACCGACGAAGAAGAUAUCGAUCAGGGUUGCACUAUAUUUUCCGGUGUCACAUAUCUUGGAGCUGCAAACAUAAAUGCUCCCAAAUCCGAAAUCGAUAUAUACCGAAUAAUGAAUGAAUUGAACAGUAAUUCGGAGUCAGUUGGUCUUAAAAUAUCAGUGAGCAUCCCGAAUUGCUCCGAUGGGCUGGUUGUCUUGCAUGACGCUGAAACCAACUCUGUCAUCGCAACCUACGAGAUACAAAGCAUAAUUUUAUACUUUCGUGGCCCUGUAGAAACUCCUGAAAAUGGUUGCUUUGCAUUUACUUGGUUACAUGGCGAUGCGCUUUUUCAAUGCCAUGUUUUUCGUUGCCAUAUCCCAGAAGCGGUUAAUCAAGUCAGCGCUUGCUUUCAAAAGGCUUUUCGUACAUAUCCGCCAAGCAUGACAUGCAGUUUGACAUCUGCCAUCGACAGUAAUAUGAUGAAUUCAGUGACAUCCGAUGUUAGUGGAAAUCCACUAAAUACAGCCGGCUAUGAAUUUAUUGUAUCCCUGGAAAUACGUGAAAAGGUCGCCAAGAACUCAUUUUCGGCGGUACCACGCGACCGCAAUUGCUUCAAGUUACGUGCUAAUAUUGACAAAGAAGUUAUCAUUACCGUCAAACAAACACCUUCAAAUAUACUACAACCUCUGUUCAUAGAACGCUGCUUUGGUGUACUAUUAAGCCCAGGAAAAUUAGUGCGUCAGGGCGAUAUGCAAUUAAUUGAUAUGGUAAAUAUGAGCUAUCAGUUGCCUACCACCACUGCAGGCGGUGGUAACGCUAAUGCAGCAACGAUUGUCGGUGUCGGUGCCGCUGACAAUGCCGGUGGUUCUGGCGCCCCGCCCCUAUGCCUUUAUCCUUAUGUUAUACGCGCCGAAUGGAAGGCAAAUGAAGCUGCUUUCGAACAACUCAAUGUUGAAGCGUCAAAGAAUUUUCUGACUGUAGCGGUCGAUAUAGUGGUGCGUGGAAUUCGCGACCCUGUACGUUUUGUUAUUGAGACACCCGUUGUAAUACAAUCGGCUAGUGAGAUACGCAUAAUGGAUCAUUUUAUAUCUAAACGCCCAAUGACAUUGCGCUUCUAUCUACAAUUAGAACGUACAACCGAUGAGUUCAGUUGGAAAGUGAACUCAAUUGAUCCAUCUGAAGAAAUCAAUGAACCACAACAACCAAGUUCAUUGUUGAAAUUCGGAAUGAACAAUUUAUCACGUAUUGUGCGAUCAUCAUCGAUUGUAUCUAUAGAGGAUGAUUGCCCUACCGAUUAUAGUUCAGAUGGUGAUGAACCUUUAUUGAGUGGUACGGGAGAAGUAUCCAAAGACUGUUCACAGGACAAAUUAGAUGAGUGGGAUCCAAUAUUAAAGGAAUGGGAUAGUGAAAAAAGGCCAAAAAAUUUGGCUCCUUUGGUACGUUUGGGAAUACCGGAAGCUUUGCGCGAAAAAAUAUGGCAGAAACUGGCAAAUGUUGAGGGCAAAACUGAAAUGCUUGACAUGUAUAAGAUUUUAAUAACCAAAGAAACCAAAUGUGAAACUGUAAUACAAAGAGAUAUACAUAGAACAUUUCCGGCACACAAAUGCUUCAAAGAAAGUGGUGGAUCUGGACAAGACUCACUUUUUAAGGUCUCAAAGGCUUAUGCCGUUUAUGACAGUGAAGUCGGUUAUUGCCAGGGCUUAAGUUUUAUUGCCGCAAGUCUAUUGUUACAUAUGCCCGAGGAAGAUGCAUUUUGUGUAUUGGUGGCCCUUAUGUACGAUUAUGGCCUUCGUGAUUUAUAUAAGCAAGGAUUUGAAGUACUUUAUUUACGACUGUACCAACUUGACCGUUUGAUCAAAGAUCAAUUGCCUAAAUUACAUGAACAUUUUGCAGCUUGUGGCAUUGAGACACAUAUGUACGCUUCGCAGUGGUUUCUCACACUCUUCACAGCCCGUUUCCCAUUAUGUUUUGUAUUUCAUGUACUCGACGUGUUCCUGCUAGAUGGCGUACCAUUGCUUUUUCAGGUUGCUGUGACAUUACUAUCCAUUUGCGAGGCUGACUUGCGUCAACUUGAUUUCGAAGGCAUACUAAAAUAUUUCCGUGUAACAUUACCGAAGAAAUGCCGCAGCCCUAGUCAGGCACGCCGGGUUAUGAAAAUGGCCUGUGAACGGAAAAUUAAGAAAUUAAAACAGUACGAGGAGGAAUUCCAAUUGAAAAAGCAACACAAAGAACGACUGGAAAAAGAGGCACAAAUUUAUGAAAAUCGUUUUGGCGAAGAGAGACGUAAGUUACAGGCGGAAAUUGAUGAACUCCAAAAAAAAUUGAUUGAGGCUAAUGAAAGAGCAAUAGAAAAAGAAAGAAAACACACAGGCAUCAUACAGGACUAUAAAUUAAUAAUACAGCGCUUGGAAAAUGACAUUACCAAUUUAAAUGAAACGCUUGGAAAUGUAAUGAAUAUAGUAUCGAAGUGUAAGAAUUGUGUACAAAAAAUGGAAAAUGCCGAUCGUAGUGUGAGAUUGCCAGCUGAAGUAAGCAGAAAUAGUGGUUUAAAAACAACGCAACAGAGUUGUAAUAAGCAAGAGAACGAAGCACCACUAGGCCCACUUGAUCCCAUAAAUAUAGCAACUCAACGUAUCCGUGAAUUAGAACUGGAACUGGCACAAGCUAAGUUAGCACACGUUGAAGCUGAAUGUCGUAAUCAAGAUUUGAAUCAUCAGCUUAGCGCCACCAUUACUGAAAUGCACUCCAACCGGAACAGUUGGCAACCAUGGCUUUCAAAGACACUCAACUCACUGCAAGAGAAGGUAACUACACGUGGCAGUCGCGACACCGUUUUGCCAACAUUCCAAUCUUACACCCAACAUGCAUCAGCUGGUGCAUCAGCGGCUGGUAGCGAAACUAAUUCACCCAGCAGUAAUCAGGAGUUUAAAGCAUUCUCAGUGGGAGGUUCGCCGAAAUUGCCAGCCAAAUUUCAGACCGUCAAACUUCGCAAUAGCAUCGACAGUUUACGCAACAUUGUAGUGCCACUAGAGAGCAGCGCUGGGCGUAUUGUUGGCAUUGGGGCUACAGCAACCGUUGAUGUUGGUGUGGGUGCAGCUGAUCAAUUCCGACAGCACCUGCAGCCACAGUCAUCGCUUAUUUAAAUAUCGACAUAAUUAAAAAAAGAAAAUAUAAAUUUAAUUAACUGACAUUUUUGAGAAAUGUGUAACUGUUGCUUAGCAAUGGAUGCAACUCACACAAUGCUAACUUUCACACAUACAUACAUAUAUACAUGAGCAGAACGGUACUGUGUGCAAAAUAUUGAAAAAAAAAAUUAAAUGUUGUGGCUUUGUACACUGGAUUUCAAUAUUUCUUCUUCAUAAGUUUGAGCAAUUUUCUGGAAAAGUUGUUAUUUUUUUUACUUCAUGCUUACUUUAUUAAGUUUGCUUUAUAUAGGUAAUAGUGCUAUAUUUUCUUGUGUUAGAGGGAAGCUAACUAUGUAUUUUUAUAUAAAAUGUUUGAAAAUGAGUGGAGACCAAUUAUUCAGCAAACGAAUAAAAAUAAAUAUGUAGGUAUGCUAAUUUUCUAAGUAGAUAUUCAUUUUUUUUUGUGGAAAAUAUAAUAAAAUUUCCUAAACAAUUAUACAAAGACAUUCGAAUAUUAUGUAGUAAUCAUUUGCUUUAAUAACUUGUUGAAAAAAAUGAUUUUUUAUUCCACAAAUUUACCACUUUAGGUUUAGAACAAAGAUUUAAUAUAGUAAUUUUUUUUUCAUUAGUAUUUACACCAUGCAGCAUAUAGUAUAUGUGUAAAUUUCACAUAUGUAUGAACACAUAUGAACUUUAAUAAAUAAUAACUAUAUACAUACAUAUAUUUGAUGGAGAGUGGAAUUUGUUAAAAAAUAGCAAUAAUGAACAAAGUGUGGGGAUUAUUAAUUAUAUAACACAUAUAUAAGUAUCUAUGUAUGCUUCGGUGUAACACGCAGCUUCGUAUGCUUCUGGUUAUCGGGUGAGCCUGCGAUACAAAAUUAAAUAUAAAACGAAAGCUUUCAGAACACAUUUGAACCAUUUUGUCAUAGACCAGGGGCAUAAUAUUUGAAAGCAAAAAAAAAAAAAAAUAUGGUACGAUAAAACUCAUUUAAAAAGAAAGAAAAAAUAAUUUACGGGAGAUCUGAGGUUGGGAAGAGAUAGGUAGAUGCGUGGUUGAAUAUUUAAGGGUUAAAAAUCUGACAUACUGAUGGCAAAUUAAGUUUUUAUUGUAAAAAAAAAAACAAAAAAAACGAAACCUUGGUUAUUUCUCACAUUAAUUAUGAGGUUACGUAAAAAACUGUUAAUACAAAAGUUGUAGAUAUAUAACUUUUACUAUAGAAACCAAAGUUUUGCCGUAAAUUGAGAUAAACUGUUUUUAUACCUUGAAUAGGGUAUAUUAAGUUUGCCUCUAAUUUUGUAAUACCCAUGAAGAAACGUCGGAGACUAUAUAAAAUGUAUAUACUAUAUAUAUGUACAUUUAUAAAUGAUCAGUAUGAUGGACUGGUUCCAUUUUAUCGCUCAGUUUUUGAGAUAUCGAAUUGAAAUUUUGCAGACGUUAUUUUCUCUCCAAGAAGCUGCUCAUUUGUCGAAACCGCCGAUAACGGACUACCAUAGCAUAUAGCUGCCAUACAAAUCGAACCACCAGAAAAAAGUGCUUGCAUAAAAAACUUCUUCAUUCGACGAGAUCUGACAUGAGUUAUUGUCUAAGGCAAUAACGAAACUUCUUCGGAGACUAUUUUUUGGAAGCAAGCUUUUGUGUUUGUGAAUGGUAUUAUAGCUUCGGUGCAAUCGAAUUUAAUGUUUUUUCUUGUGAAGCCUUAAAAAUUCCAUUACACCCUUUUCCUUCCUCUUCACGUUCUUAGAUCAACUGUAAAUAUGUUUUUCUUUAAUUUUUUUAUUCGCUUCUUAAAAAGAAAUGGGUUUUGUUCCAAAUUGCAUAUCGGUAUUCAUAUUUCUAUGUUCAUACAUAUUUACCAGUAUUUUAUUUGAAAGUUUGGGGUUUGAAUUAAUUGCAUAUUGUUAUAAAGCAUUGAACAAAGAAAAAAACAUUUAAAUUACUCUUUAAAGGGCGUAUUUCGAAAUGUAUGUAGUGCAUAAACAAUUUUCGUUUUACAAUAUUGUAUGUAUGUAUGUAUUUUUUAUAUGUGUUCAUAAUGCUGCCGCAAUAUACACGCUUGUUUUGAUUCAACAUAUGAAUUACAGUCAUGCUCAAAAGUUUGAGUUCUGAGUAAAAUACACAUAUACUAUGUAUUCGUACAUUUAAUAGUUUAAGAUGAAUAAAAUUCGCAAACACAUGCAUAUAUGUACAUGUAUA